CCUCCCGGCGCGCCCCCCCUUCCUCCCCCUCUGCGUCUCUGCUCUCUCUCUCUCUCUCUCUCUCUCUGUGUCGCUCGCGCUCUCUGUGUCGCUCUGGCGCUGCUCGUGUCUCCAUUAAUUAACUCUUGCGGGUGCGACAGUUUGGUGAAGCGGAGCAGCAGCGGAAGCAGCAGCUGCAGCAGUGUCGUCGUCGACUCGGGUGCGGGUGCGGGUGCUGGUGUUGGUGCGCGGGGGUCGUCGUUGUAGUUGCGGUGGCGUUGUGAUGGUGGUGGUGGUGGUGGUGGAUUGAGGAUUCGCCGUCGGUAGGGAGUGUAGUAGGCCGACCGGGAGAGAGCGAGGGAGGGAGCGCUGGCACACGGCCGAUCGAGUUGCCUGCCUGCGGUGGUGUUUUUUUUUGGGGUGCGGUGGCGUUUCGGGGAGUCCGGGGAGUGCAGUGCGUCUGGCUUGCUUGCUCGAGUCGAUCGACCGGUGGCACAAUCAAGGAGGCGGACGUGCUCGUUGUUCAGUACAGAAGCUGAGUUCUAUUCAUUGUAGGUGGAAACAGGCAGGCAGUGGGUGCUCCGCUCGGUCGGAAGCACAAGUGAUUGUGUACUAGGGACGAAUUUCGGCAAAAAUGUAGAAGGGUCUUCGUGCUCUUAGAGAGUCCGUCUGCUGUAAUUCAUAAGCUCGAGUGUCGAGGAGCUGCAGAAUUCCGCCUGGACUUUUUGUUGUCUAUAGAAGGAUCUUGAUCACCUGAGAAGCUGCGUCAAUUUGGAUCUUGAUCUCUGAAUUGCCAGCUUUCGAGUUGCGGUAAACUGUCGUCGUUGCAGGACAGGACUGCAGCAGUCGAUCUCAAUAUUGAAUUGCUCGCGUUACAGUCAUCUGGUUGAGGACGUGCUCGCCCGGCCCAAGGAUGUGACCUUGUGAAUGGAAAGGCGUGCCAUUCUCUAUGGCGAAUCUAGCUUUGUAAAAGCACGGACCGCGUUCGUUGAAGAUUCUGAAUUCUGUAAUACACAUGGGCCGAGAGGUCACAGAGGCUGGUCAGGGUAUCGAAAUGGCCAUUGCGAGCGUUCACGAGGAUGAUAAAGCCACUCAAGAGUUGGUAGGUUACGGCUACAAUGAGAACGGGGAGCACGAAAUGGUCUCACUGAGAACUGGCGAGAAGGUGCCAGGCUCACGGUCUCCUAGGGUUAAGGAGAUCGUUAGUAACGAUUUGGAUGGUCACGUGGAGCAGUGCUGUUCAAAUAAACACCACUCUAUGCGGCAAAUUUUCAAGAACGGCUUGCCUCAACACUUUGUUACCAGCAUGCAUGAAGUGAUUUGCGGAUCAAGAAUUUGUUUACUCCUGGUGAUGGUGCCCGUCACUCUUUUGGCCGUGUACCUUAAGGCAGGACGAGGCUGGAUUUUUUUGGCAAGCUUGCUCGCAAUUGCACCCUUGGCAGAACGCCUCGGAUUCGUCACUGAGCAGUUGUCGUACUUCACCGGCGCUACUGUUGGAGGACUUUUAAAUGCCACUUUUGGAAACGCCACUGAGAUGAUCAUCUCCAUCUUAGCACUACGUCAAAAUAUGAUACGCGUUGUCCAACUUUCACUUCUGGGAUCGAUUCUUUCAAAUAUGCUCCUCGUUCUUGGCUGUGCUUUUUUUUUCGGUGGCUUGAAGCAUCCCAAAAAAGAGCAGAAGUUUACUAAGGCAACGGCGGUGGUGAGUUCAAGUUUGUUGCUCAUGGCCGUCAUGGGUCUACUUUUCCCGGCAGUUUUGCAUGCAACGCAUACAGAAAUUCAUGACGGCUCAUCAGAAUUGACCCUUUCAAGAUUCAGCAGUUGCAUCAUGCUCUUGGCGUAUUGCUGCUACCUCUAUUUCCAACUCAAAAGUCAUAGAGAAUUGUAUGAUGAACCGCAAGAAAAUGAUGAAGAAGGGGAAGAGGAGGAGGCAACGAUCGGAUUUUGGGAUUCUAUCAUCUGGCUCGCCAUAUUAACAAUCUUCAUAUCCAUUCUCUCCGAGUGUCUCGUUGAUGCCAUCCAGGGUGCUUCCGAAAUGUGGGACGUUCCAGUAGCAUUCAUAAGUGUCAUUAUUUUGCCCAUCGUGGGUAAUGCAGCUGAGCAUGCAAGUGCAGUGAUGUUUGCUCUGAAAGAUAAACUGGACAUCUCACUAGGAGUGGCCAUAGGAUCUUCCACUCAGAUCUCCAUGUUUGUGAUUCCGUUCUGUGUCGUCAUUGGUUGGAUCAUGGGCAAAGAUAUGGACUUGAAUUUUCAGCUCUAUGAAACAGCAACACUAUUCAUCACCGUGCUAGUCGUUGCAUUUAUGUUGCAGGAAGGAACAUCCAAUUACUUCAAGGGGUUGAUGCUGAUUUUAUGCUACCUUAUCGUGGGGGCAAGCUUCUACGUCCACGUUGACAACCCCGAUUCACCACCUGGCAACUGACCAACUUAUAAGAACUUCCUCUGGAUUGGUUGCCCCGAAGAGAAGAUGGAGAGAUGAGGCGGCAAGCUUGCGUUCGAGAGCCAGAGGUCAUGACAGUCAAGACAAUCUGUAUGUCCCUCACACAUUGUGAAAUAUACAGUUCUCCAUGGUUAGGCAAGAAGUCCUCAUUGACAGGACAGUUUAUGGAAAGAAAAAUCUGUCAGAGCCACCACUAGGGUCAGGCCUGACGCUGUGUACAAUGAUAAAAUCAGUAAGUGGUCAAGGCCCUUAAGAAGAAUAAAUACUUCUUCGAGUCGGCGCCUUUACAGCUUUCUUUCAGGACUCCUUUUAAGAUGUAGGACGGCAUGAGGAUGUUCUGCGGUCUGCUUAGACCACUGCGACAUAUGCAAAUAUGAAAAGUUGCAAAUUCACUCAGAAGAGGGGAAAUCUAAAUUGAAACUUAAGCAAGAGGAUUGACAUUCAGCACAUUUGCCCUAGUUAGAAUGGUUCACAACCUACUUUAGAAUUCGUUGUUUAGAAAUCAUUUAGAUUGUUCAGCCAGGUACAGAAGAGAUUGUGUCAUCAGUGGACCACAAGAUGAAGCCCCCGGUGCAAUACAGGGACGGUAUUGUAGAGAUUACCUCUGUGAGGUGUGUCGUCACAAGUGCACCCAUAUGUACUGAAUGUAUCUUCGUAGGAACAUCAGUUUCUAUUCGGGGGUGUCCACGUGUUGUGCCUAUAACGUAUCUGUUAUUCUUCUCAUGUGUACUCUCAUGGUGGGCAUUCUUCCGACAUUGGCAAGUAUUCCUAACCUUGUCAAGACUAACUAACUCAAACACACCUUUAUUUAGCAAAUUUCGUACUAAUUGUACACGUCUUGGACAUGCAAAUAAAAACGGAGUUGAUGCCUGAUUGAGAACCAAAGUUUUGGUUGCAAAUGACAUUUUGACUCCCCCUUCUAGUGAAGCCUGUUCUGGAUGAUAUAAUGGGACUCCUGAUAAUUGUUCCCCGAGCAUCAUAGGUGCGUUACCGCGUGCUAAAUUUGUAUGACUAUAAUGAAAAGUAAUCCAUUCGUUAGUUUACGGAUGACUACAGCGUAGUUACUAGCAGUUCUCGAUCAUAUGUUUUAAUUUAGUAUACAUCUAACUAGAACUGGAAAUUCAGACUCUGACAUUCUUUCUUGAACCAUUUCUUUGCUCUUCUUCUGUUCUCCGUCAACUUGCGCAAUCCAUCCAGAAGAUUUGAGUUCCCUUCUAACCUAGUUCAUAGCGCAGAGCGAAGGUGCCUUGGAUUGUCGAAGGCUUCAGAAUAAUAUCCUCGUUGAUCCUAGAAUCUUCCUUUGUCGCGUUGCCCUAUUACCCACCAUUUUUCCUAGUCACUCAGAUAUUCUCCUUGCACCAACUACAGAGUCAAGACCAGCUCUACCGACACGGAAAGCUGCUUGUUUGGUACAUGA